CUUAAAAUCCAAGUCUUGUUCGGGCUCGGACGCUUGGCGCUUUGGCUUCGCUCGUUUCAUGUCGCGGCCGAUGCCCUGCCCAACCGAGUGCAUUGAUUGUUGUUCUACCAUAUUAUCAAUGGAUCUAAUUCAGUGAAAUGUUGUGACUAAAUAACAAUGUCGAUGAAAUAGUUGUGCUGGUGUUAUAUUCUUGUUGUGCCGACUAGUGCAGUGCUAUUCAAUAUGACGGAGAAAAACAAAUCCGACAAGAUGACUAAUGCAUCGAAACCAGUUCCCAUGAAACUUUUUGCCGCCUGGGAAGUGGACAGGACACCUUCCAACUGUAUUCCAAGACUGUGCACACUGCGCAUCACGCGCCUCCGAGUGUGCGGCUCGCUGGGGGACGCGGGGGGCGGCGCGGGCGCGGGCGCGGGCGCCGUCAUUCUCGCCGCGCGCAUGCACAGCAGCAAGCGGACCCUACGGUCUAAUGACAUAGUGAUCCCGCCCAUGGACGUCGAGCUGGACCUGUGCUUCUCGCUCCAGUACCCGCACUUUGUGAAGAGGGAUGGGAACAAACUGCAGAUCAUGCUGCAGCGGCGCAAGAAGUACAAGAACCGCACCAUCCUCGGCUACAAGACGCUCGCCGAGGGCGUCAUCAAGAUGGACCAGGUACUCCAGCGCUCCAUGGACACGGAGCUCGAGCUCCACUCAGUCCGCGGCAAGGCGGCGGCGGGGGCGGGCGCGGGCGGGCAGCCCGUGGCGCGCCUCGGCAUCACCGGGCUCGCCUCCACGCCCGUCGACCAUGAUACUAAGAAUAAUAACACGAUGCUUAUUAAUGAACGAGGCUACUCGGACGAAGAAGAGGAAGGCGAGUUCAGCUCGAUGGAGGAGGCGGAUGACGUGACGUACGGAGAGCGGGCGCGCCGCCGCACGCACUGCCGCCAGCUCGAGUUCAACAAGACCGAUAUGAGCUAUACUAAGUUGUCGCGCAACUACUCGUCGAAGCAAGAGCGGGACAGCGACAGCGAAGUAGAAGAUAGAAACAAGCGGGCUGCGCGCGGGAAACUCGCGCAACGCAACCUGAAGCAGAAGUUCGCGGCCCUCCUCCGCCGCUUCCGAGUGCCGGAGGAGCUGGGCGAGCGCGGGGCGGCGCGGGGCGCGGGGGGCGCGCAGCGGGACAUCGACGAGCUGUUCCAGGAGCUAGAAUCCCUCUCCUGCGGCGAAGGCGACGACUCAGGGCCAGACCAGAUGGACACCAUUAGCAUCGGCUCCACGCCCAAGCCGUCCAUCCGGCCGUUCUUCAGCAGCAGCCGCUCGCUCGCCACGCAGAAGCACCAGCGAAUGUCUAAUGACUCAGUGUUCGCCGCGACGCGGCAGGGCAGCCUCGCCUCUACCGCCGAGGUCGUCGAAAAGAGAAGCCAUUUGACCACAGACUCAGACGGAGCGUUGAUACCGGACGAGCGGUCGGACGGCGCCAGCGACGGCGACGCGCCGGAGUACGGCCCCGCGGCGCGGACCAGCCCGCCCGCUGAUCAGAAGCCGCGCCGCAUGGCCGAGCAAGUCCGGCGGCUGCUGGGCGACGAGGCGCCGGACGCGGUGGCGCUAGCCCCGCCGGCGCUGGCGCCCGCGCUGCUCGCGCUGCACGUGCCCGCGCUGCUGGCGCCGCCGCACGAGCCGCGCGCCGCCGCCGCCGCGCUGCUAGCUGCUUGUAAUAAACCUAGCGGUCGCCGGAUGGGCUGCCGCGUGCUGGUGUGCGGCGGCGACGCGGCCGUGGCGGCGGCGCUGCGGGCGCACGUGGAGCUGUCCCCGCGCCGCCCCCCGGACGUGCCGUCCCCGCGCUUCCACCUCGUGCCCGCAGGUCCAAACACAGUGUGCCGCUACCUGUGCUCCACGGACGCGGGCUACGCGGCGCUGUUCGGCGGCGAGGCGUGGGCGGCGCUCAGCGACGGCGCGGGCGAGGCGCCCCCCGACGCCGCCGAGCUGUCCGCCAGGAUCGCCAGAUACCUGAACAGCAUAGGCCCCGUGACUCCGAUGCCGAUCGGCGAGGCGAUGCUGGCGUACCGCGAGCGCAACGAGCACGACGACGCCAGCCAGACCUUCGUGCCCUUCCUCGCUGAAGUCCGCGUGUGUUCCACCGAGAGCUCGGGCUCCGUGGAGCUGGAGGAGGGCUCGCCCCCCGCGCCCCGCGGCUCGCCCCCCGCCACCCCCGCGCCAGCCCCCGACCUGGACCUGCAGCUCGACUACUGGCCGGCACCGGGCUGGCAGGCGGACGGCGCGGACGGCAAGGUGACAGUCAAGGCUCAGUUCCGCGCGCUCACAGUUACUAGACACGGACCCCACCUCGCCAUCUCCUACACCACCAAGGAGAAGAAACAGAAGAUAAUGCGUCUGGGCAAGAAGCGCGAGAAGGGCUCUGAGGCGGAGCCGGGGCGCGCGCAGGCCGUGGACGGUGUCGCAAGGCUCAUCUGCAGCGCCAAGGGCUCGCACAACGCGCCGCUUAAAGUAUUCAUCGACGGCACUGAAUGGAACGGAGUGAAGUUCUUCCAGCUGUCCACGCAGUGGCAGACGCACGUCAAGACCUUCCCCGUGGCCACCAGCGGGGCGCCCCUCGCGCCGCCCGAGACGUAGGCCGUCCCACGCCCGAGACGUAGGCCGUCCCACGCCCACAGUGGAACAACACAGUAACCCAACCAGUAAUUGCUGAAGCAUGUGCGUUGUACGGUCUUAGGUCAUCUAGGUGGCCUGAUAUUGGCGUUCUGAAGCUUGGCUAAAUCAGCCCUUUUAAACUCGCUCCUGUAAAGCCAAGGUCAGUGGCUAAAUGCGAUAAGUCUGCUAUGUUGAUACUCCGACCACUGAUGAAGUCUUCUGAUGAUAGAUAGUUUUGCAAGGUGAGUCAGUAACAGUGGUGGGAGGCCACAGAGGCUACAAAAUUUCGGUUGCUCGCCUGUCGAUAUUGAGUUAGUAUUGUGAUGUUACUUUUAAUAAAUUUUCGUGAGUGUAUUGCGUUACGAUGAUAGAUUAACGAGUAUUAUUGUUCACAUGGAGCAGACAGUUAGGGUUCUCGCUCGAUAUUAAUACACGAGGUAGGUUUUAGAGCGAACAU